CCCCUCCCACGCCGGCCUGUUUUCAAAAUGCAGAUGUGGUUCACUCUGGAGACCAGCGACCUGGGCCACUUGCUGUUCCACGGGUGGAAGGUGGAGAGCACCGGUGCGCUGGUCUUUGCUGCUGCCGUCUCGGCUGUCAUGGCCGCUGUCUUCACCUUUGUCAAGUCGUGGCUCGUCCCCCGCGUCGACGCUGCUGCCCGCAUCGCCGCUAUUGAGGCCUCUUCCUCGCGCCACACUCGCCUCCCGCCGCUAGCUGGUGCCUGGGCGCACGAGUCGGUCGCCCUCAAUCGCUCAGCCGCUGCCGUGUACUCGGGCGCAGACUCGGGCCGUAGACCCCUCAUCGCCGGUAUGCCGGGCGCUAUGGUGCCGGGCAUGCACGAGCCGGCUCGCCCAUUUGCUCCCUGGCUGUGGCAGCUUGUCCGCGCUGGGACCCACGUCCUCCACAUCACCAUCGGCUAUGCUGUCAUGCUCAUCGCCAUGUCGUACUCGGCCUGGCUCUUCUUUGCCAUCCUUGCCGGCGUCUUUGUGGGCUACCUCGUCGCCAACCUCGCCCGCUGAUCCGGCAUGGUCUCCACGCUCAGGCCUUGGGCCCAGAUCCGGUCCUGGCCGUGACCCCGCCCACCACUGGAUGCGUGAGCAAUACCUGCAGGACAUCGCCAAGCAUGUCACCGUAGUCGUUGCAUAGCGAGUACUGCGAGGCCGGCACGCCCACGCCCAGCACAUAACCGAGUGCAUGGCCGCGGCUUCCCCGACCGCCCGCCGAGCCGGUCAGCCAGAACCAAUAGUGAUCGCGGAGGACAGAUCCGACCCGCCAGUGUGCCGCAAGGCACAGGGUCUUGAACACGUCCUCAGUGGCGUCGUCCAGAACCCGCGCAGCGUCUACCAGCGCUCGGCCGCCCGGCGCAAGCUGUGCAUAAACCGCAUCCUCCAC